AUGUCGUCACCGCCAGCCAUUCGAUUCGCGGCCCGUCGCUUCCAAAUCGCCUUUCUCCUACCUCUCCUUCUCACCGUCGCUACAGCCGCCUCUCACGUCUCGCAACGUCUAGUAGAUUCCUAUAACGGGGGAUGGGAAGGAGAACUAGGGUUACCAGAUGCAGGAGGUGUACUAGCGGAUGAUUCUGCGUUUCAGGUGUCGUCUAACGGCGUGACUCGCGCCGUGUUUCACGGCCGGCGCGCGCUGCUGCAAGCGCCGGCACCGGCCUCAGAGCCUCCGCUCUCCGAUACCGCGGAUCCCUCCGCCUCCGCUCCCGCAUCCUCCGCGCCCUUAACCCCUGCUUCCGCUCCCGCUUCCGCCUCUCCUUCCGCUCCCCCUUCCGCCUCCCCAGCUGCUCCGCCUUCCGCCUCCCCUUCCGCUCCUUCUGCCCAGCCCUCCUCCCCAUCCCCUGGGGGGGCAUCAAGCGGGACCCCCCUAACGACCCCCGCGGCUCCCACUCCCCCGUCUGGCGCAGGCGGGGGGAACGGGGGGAAUGUGGGGGAUGGGGGGGCAACGUUCGACAUGCCGGGACCUGUGUGCGAGGGGCAGUGCUGCUCCAAUGCGGCCCCGAUAAUCCCGGACGGGAUGCCCAAGAUGACGUCAUCGUGGCUCAGCAGCCAGCUGGCGCACGGCGCUAAGAUCCACGUGCGGCAUCAGAGCAGCGGCUUCUGGUGGCGAGCAGCAGUUGAGUCGAGUCGUCCCAACGCAACGCUUUUCCAAGUCUCCCUGCCUCACUCCUCCGUUUUACCCCCCCAGAUCCACGUGCGGCAUCAGAACAGCGGCUUCUGGUGGCGAGCGGCGGAUGGGAAGACGUGGAGUGGCAGUGUGGCGACCAGCAGCGACUUUGACCAGCCGGACGUGUCCCAGGCGCUCACUGUCAUUCGUGUCAGCGCCACCACGGUGAGUCUGGGCAUGUGCAUGUGCAUGUUUUUGCCUGUGGGAGAGGGAGUUAUGGAAGGGGAUGAGGGAGAGAUCAUCGUGGAGAGGGUGGGAUGGGGCGGUAGUGUGUCUCAGGCGCUCACUGCCGUCAUGGUGCGAUCAUGGGCCACUCCUCCUCUUCCCCCUCUUUUCCCACCCCUUCACAAACCAAGCUGCAGACGCCCAGUGCAGCAGCGUGUUCCCUGUUCAAGUCCCCUACAGUAUUUGAAGAAGUGUUUUGAGACGUCUCAAAACACUUCUGCAGACGCCCAGUGCAGCAGCGUGGUCCUGUUCAAGUCCCCUCCAGUAUCCAACUCUCCUCUCUCUUACCCUUUUCCUCUCCUCUCUUCCUCCGCUGCCCCUCCUUCCAACCAACCCCCCUCCCCAGAUCCAGCUCCAAACUCCCAGCAGCACGUGCCACUCGACUCAAAACACGUUCCUGUGCAAGGCGCCUCCCUCCCGGCCAACGCGUUGUACCCGAGAGGCAUUCUCGCCACCACUGCCCACGCCACCGACCCCCUCGCCACCUUGACACACGCAUCAGCCACUCCCAUUUCCCUCAUCCAUCCACCCCCCUCUGUCCCUCUGCCUUCCCGCCUGUCUUCCCCUGUCUUCUCUCGUCCUGCUCUCUCUCCCAACCCAACCCCCCCUCCCCCUCUCCAGAUCAAGCUACAGACCCCCAGCAGCACGUUUCUGUGCAAGGCGCCGCCCUCCCCGGCCAACGCCUCAUAUCCAAGAGGCAUUCUUGCCACCACUGCCGACGCUACAGACCCCCUCGCCACCUUCACCAUCAUCCCCAUCCCCAACUCGCGCAGAGGCAGCAGCAGCACCAUUGAUGCUGCUGCUGCUACAGGCACUGACAGCAGCAAUAGCAGCAGCAGCAGCAGCACUGGCAGCAGCGGUAACACCAGCAGCACCAGUGGAAGUGAUUAUCUAGGGUUAAUUGCCCUGGCGAGUGCGGACGGGUAUUACCUGUCCAUGGGGGAGGUGGCUCCUGAGUUUGUUGAUGUGGUAACCACGGGGGAUCCGGCAGCGGGAGCGGGUGGCGACGAGUGGCUGGAUGUGCGCGAGGUGAUGACGGUGCCUGCCAUCCGCGGCGUGAAUUUGGGCGGCUGGCUGGUCGGCGAGGAGUGGAUGAACCCGAAAACGUUUCAGUACAUGGCGUGGGGGGAUGGCACGCGGGUCACAUUCCAGUCCACCACCACGGACAUGUACAUCAGUGCAGUCAGCAUGGGUGCAGAUGCUAAGCUGGAGUGUAACGCGGCGGCGGUAACCAUGUUACAAUACUUCCAGCUACUCACCGUGCCAGGCGCUGCAGAGAACGUCCGCCAGGUGGUGGGGCAGAUGGGGCAGUACUGGGGCGUCUACACAGGCGCUACUACAGUGUGGACAAGAGACAACGAGGCGCAGGGAAGCAGCAAUGCCUUCACACUGCUGCUGCUGGGGGCGCAGCUGACCAGAGACAUUCCCAUGAACGACUCGCUCCGAGUUAUGAUCCAGGCUCCCAACGGGCAGCUGCUGCAGGCGCACGAGGACGGCACCCUGACAGCCGACUACAGCGCCAAUGCCACCAAUGAGACGCUCUGGUCGGGGCCGGCUGUGUUCUUCAUGGACCUGGUGAGCACAGUGCGGGGUGACUGGCAAGCAGCAUACACAGCCGGCCCAGAGCAGGCAUCAACUCUCUUCGAUUCAGUGCACUCAAAGCUGAUAACAGAGCUGGACUGGCAGGACAUGAAGGCGAGGGGGGUGAACACCGUGCGCAUCCCCAUCCCCUACUGGAUCGCCCAGGAGGACCCCUCCUUCGCCUUCUCCUCCCCUGCUGAUACCGGCAGCAACAGCAGCGGCAACAGCACCAGCAGCAAUGGUAGCAGCAGCACUCCCGCUGCUACUCCUGGAACGCCCGAGUUUCCCUACCCGCCGGGUGCUCUGGCGCAUUUAGACUGGGCGUUUGAGAUGGCGGCGAAGUAUGGGCUGAGGGUCUGGCUGAGUGUGCAUGUGGCUCCUGGGUCGCAGAUCGGAGCGGCGUUUUCGAGAGACGGGUUGAUCCGAUGGUCCAAAUUGAAUGUUGACCACACGCUCGAUUUCGUCCGCUGGAUUGGUGACAGGUUCGGAGGGAAUCCGAGCCUGUUUGGCGUGGGGCUGCUGCAUGAGCCUGUCGCCCCGUCGUACUAUGGAGUAUUGGGUGUAGACGGGGACGAGCUGCGGGAAUACUACAGGAAAGCGCAUGACCUUAUAAGGGAGCGGUGCACGUGCUGCUUCGUGUCGAUCGAGGGGCGUGUGGGGAAGAGCAUGUGGGACGUGGCGUUUCACAUGCUUGACACGUGGCACCCCAAUGUGCUGUAUGAAACGCAUCUGUAUAAUAUGCUGGCGGGCGUCCCGAUGGCUACCAGGAAGCUUCCUCAGCUGGUGGAGUUGGAGAUAGGGGAGGAGCGGAGCAACAGGCCGACGCUUCUGGACAGCGCACAGAGCAUAGGCCGACCCAUUCUGGUGGGCGAGUUUGGGGUGGCGAUGGCGAGUAAGGGCGCCACGGAGGAGCAGCAGAAGCAGUUCACCCUUGCUCAAAUGCAGACUCUGAUAUGCUACUUCACUCCCCUCCCGUUUUCCCUCCCCUUCCAUCCCGACUCUCACCCCUCCCACCACCCCACCCUGCAGAUAGGCCGGCCUAUCCUGGUGGGCGAGUUUGGAGCGGCAAUGGCGAGUCUGGGCCCCACAGAGGAGCAGCACAAGGAGUUCACCCUCGCUCACAUGCAGGCGCUGGGGCAUGCAACUCAUGCUCCGGUCUCUUGCUCCCCCGUUCCCCUCAGCCUUGUCCUUCCUCCCUCCCGUCAUCUAUCCUUUCCCUCCUACCCCUUCAACCCCACUCUCCCGCUUCCCCCCCACCUCACCCUGCAGAUUGGGCGGCCUAUCCUGGUGGGCGAGUUUGGAGUGGCAAUGGCAAGCCUGGGUGCCACCAAGGAGCAGCAAAUCGGGCGGCCUAUCCUGGUGGGCGAGUUUGGGGUGGCGAUGGCGAGUAAGGGCAUCACAGAGGAGCAGCAGAAGGAGUUCACCCUCGCUCAGAUGCAGGCGCUGGGGCAUGCGCAGGCAGGAUGGUUCUUCUGGUCCUGGAAACUCAAUGUCACGG